UCCCCUUGGACAAUGAUCCAAAUGGACAAAGCUAAAUAAAUAAUUCUAAGAAAUGUUGGAUUUCUAUUAGACCGUCUAGAAUUAUAUAUUAGGUUAUAUGUAGAAUUUUAUUAAAAAUGAAAACAAUGAUCAUUUAUUACCAAUUUUUUAACAAAAAGGUAACAGAAAAGUACAAGAGUUAGCUUGAGAAAUAGACAUCAAAGUUCGGAAAAGACGCCAUUCGAUGAAAACAAAUAUGGCUUCCAACGAAGAAGCUACCACCGAAGAGGUUACUGUAAAUGGCAAAAGCUCCACGACGCAAGAAAAUGCGGCAGACAUGACAAGAUUAAAUAAUGCACAGAGAAUCGCACAAAAAAAAUUGCAAGUUACAAGUUUUCCCAGAAACAAAAAACUUGAAAAAUUAGCAGUUUACUCGUCAUGCAAGUCUGAGAGCUGUAAGUGCAAUGGAUGGAAAAAUCCAAAUCCACCACCAACACCUUCAAGAGUUGAUGUUUCACAACCAUUAGCUAGUCUUACAGAUCCAUGUAGGAGUUGCAAUCAUACUUUAGCUUCCCAUGCAUCACAUCUAGAGAAUGUUUCUGAAGAUGAAUUAAACCGAUUAUUGAGAAUAGUAGUGGAUGUUGAAAAUCUGUUUCUUUGUGUGCAUAAAGAAGAAGAUGCAGAAACUAAACAAGUGUAUUUUUAUUUAUUCAAGCUUUUGCGGAAAUGUAUUUUAAAUAUGAGCCAUCCUACUAUAGAAGGUCAACUGGGACAUCCACCAUUUGAAAAGCCCAGUAUUGCAAAAGGUGUAACAAAUUUUGUUGUCUACAAGUUUGGCCAUUUAGCUCAAAAAGAAUGGCAAACAAUGUAUGAUUUAGCGAAGAUGUUUUUACAUUGUUUAAAUCACUGGAAAUUAGAAACUUCUGCUAACAGAGCUCAACAUGCUGGUACAGAUGAUAUGAGUGCUUAUAAAGUUAACUACACAAGAUGGUUAUGUUACUGUCAUGUACCAGGUCUAUGUGACAGUCUUCCGCGUUAUGAAACAACAUUGAUAUUUGGUCGGACAUUGUUACGUUCGGUUUUUCAAACCAUGAGAAGACAAUUAUUGGAUAAAUUCCGAGCAGAGAAAGAUAAAAUGCCGCCAGAUAAGAGAACUCUAGUAUUGACACAUUUUCCAAGAUUUUUAUCAAUGUUAGAAGAAGAAGUUUAUGGAACUAGUUCUCCAAUAUGGGAUCCUGAUUUCUCUCAGAACCCUGCUAAUAUGCCACUUGCCACUUCCCAAAUUCUACCCACUUCACCUACUGCAGCUACUGGAGUUAGUGGUUUAAACAGGUUUAAUACUAGUGCUACAAGUAAUGGGGAUAAUUUUACUGUUAUAAAUGUUAGUCCUGGUUUAAUACCCAAUACUAGACGAUCUUCCAAAUCACAAGAAGCAGUACCUGGUGAGAAGAGAAAAUUAGAUGAUGGUAAUUUACCUGAAGAUGUUAAAAGAAAAAAAAUUGAAGGAGACAUAACACCUGAUGUUUUAGCAGAAGUUAUAGCAACAAUAACCGAUCCUGCAGAAAUGGUGGGACCAGAUUCUUCGUUUUUUCCUGCCCAUGCUACACGUGAUGAAACAGCUAGAUCUGAAGAAGAGAAAGGUGUUAUACAAUUUCAUGUAAUCGGCAACUCUUUAAAUUCUGUACCGUCAAAACAGUUGAUAUUAUGGCUGAUUGGAUUACAGAAUGUUUUCUCUCAUCAACUUCCUAGAAUGCCAAAAGAGUAUAUUACUCGACUGGUAUUUGAUCCAAAACACAGAUGUUUAGCUAUUAUUAAAGAUAAACGUGUUAUUGGAGGUAUUUGUUUUAGAAUGUUUCCGUCUCAAGGUUUUACAGAGAUAGUAUUCUGUGCUGUUACAUCUAAUGAGCAAGUUAAGGGCUAUGGAACUCAUCUCAUGAAUCAUUUGAAAGAUUACCACAUCCGUCACAACAUUUUUCAUUUUCUUACAUUUGCUGAUGAGUUUGCUAUUGGUUACUUCAAAAAGCAGGGUUUUUCCAAAGACAUCAAGUUAUCCAAGACUGCAUAUGUUGGUUAUAUUAAAGAUUAUGAAGGUGCUACCUUAAUGGGAUGUGAACUCAAUCCUAAAAUAAGAUACACAGAAUUUUCUAGAAUUAUUAGAAAACAAAAACAGAUUGUGAAGAAAAUAGUAGAGUUAAAACAAGCUCAAUUUGAAAAGAUAUACCCUGGAUUAGCAUGUUUUAAAGAUGGUGUACGGCAGAUUCCCAUAGAAAGCAUUCCUGGAUUGCAGGAAGCGGGAUGGAAACCAGCUUCAAGUCCUGAUAAAAGUAAAGAUAGUGCUACAGAUGCAGAUCAGUUGUAUGCAUCACUUAAAACAGUACUUCAACAAGUUAAGGCUCAUCAGAGUUCUUGGCCUUUUCAAAAACCAGUAGAUAAAUCUGAAGCACCUGAUUAUUAUGAUCAUAUCAAGUUCCCUAUGGAUUUUAAAUCAAUGUCAGACAGAUUAAAGAAUCGUUAUUACUGUCAUAAAAGACUAUUUAUUGCAGAUAUGCAGCGUGUAUUUGAUAAUUGUAGAAAUUACAAUGAUUCAGAUACAGAAUAUUACAAGUGUGCUAACAUUGUGGAAAGGUUUUUUAUUGCUAAAAUGAAAGAACAGGGCAUGUGGGAUAAGUAAAUGUAUCCGAUUCUAAUUAAUAGUUAUGUACAUGUAUUUAUUUGUUAGUGAAUAAUCUUAGUGGAAAUACAGAUUGGAUCUGUUUUAUAAAAAAUUCUCAGAUUAGUACAUUUGUAGUCCUAAACAUGUUCCAUGUUCCGUAUAGAAAUCAACAACAAAAAAAAAAAGAAAAAUCUUUUCUGGUUAGAGUAAUUUACUAUGAAUUACGUCGACAUUAUGAUCAUCAUUUGUUUUUGUUUUGUUUUUUUCAUUAUAUACACAUCAUCUGUUUUAUAUAUUUAUCAGUCAUCUUUCAUAAAAUACCUUGUUAGUCUCAAAAAGGAAACAACUUGUGUAAUACGAAAUGUAAAAUCCAAGCAAUCAUCAUCAUCAUAGUUUUGUGCAUUUAUCAACUAUUAAUAUUAUCAAUAUUGUGAGUUCUGACAUCUUCAUGUUGAAGUUUAAACUAGAAAAAUAAAGGACAUUUGUAAAAUUGGAUAAAUCGUUUAAUUAUGAAUUAUUUAUUUUUAUUGUACUUGCAUCUUAGAUGAAAUUAAAAGUAAAGUUCGAAAAGAUACAUAAAUCAACAAUUGAUCUAAAAACAACCAAACAGAAUGUAGUACGUAUAUAUAUAAAGAUUGGGUAAUAUAAGGUUAUUAUUAUUUAAUGAAAAUAAUUUUAUUAUGGUGUUUGUAACUUUUGUUUUCUUUUUUUCCAAAGAUAUUUUUAAGACGCAUUAUAUUUUAAGUUUACCAUUACAUGUAUGUGUAUAAAUCCUCACAUAUUUUACAUUUACAAUAUUGUAUAUUGUUACUAUUGUCAACUUGUAUGAAUAAAGAUUUUGAUAUUUAUUGUAUAA